GGUUAUUGCCAGACUGCCCAUGAAACACGGACGUAAAAGACGUUUUAACGAGCGUUAUCGAGAGAUAAUUUCAUAUCAAAGAUACGAGUAGGUACUUUACGAUAAAAAACGGGAGUUAUCUGUAAACAAUUGGUUUGAAGUGUUGUUUGUCAAAAAUUGCGAAAUAUGGCUGCUAGUGGAUUAAAAAAAUCGGAAAAUAUUGAGAAAAAAGUAUUUGUGGUGACCGGCGGCGCCGUUGGAGUUGGUGCUGGGAUUGUGAAAGCAUUAUUAACAGAAAAUGCAGCGCACGUCGCUUACCUCGAUAUAAGAGAGCGCGAGGGCGAAGCGUUAGAAGUCGAACUCUCCAGAAAGUUUGGCGCCCUAAGAGCCAAGUUCAUAAAAUGCGAUAUUGCCGACGAGCGGCAGCUCAGCGCGGCGUUCACGCAAGUUAUAGACAAAUAUCGGCGGCUAGACGGUGUCAUUAAUAAUGCCGCCGUUUUGAACACUGAUGAGACGCAGUACUUUAAGAAGAUCAUUGACGUCAACUUUACAGCCACAAUCCAAAGUUCGUUAGUGGCAUUAGACUUAAUGCGGACCGACAAAGGAGGUGCGGGUGGCACGAUCCUCAAUAUUUCUUCCUUACGGGCUCUCAGAGGUGACAGUCAGCUACCUGUGUAUGCAGCCACAAAAACCGCGGUGCUUCAUUUCAGUAACUCUAUUGGGGGAAAGCAGCACAAUAAAAAAACAAAUGUGAAGGUCAUGACUGUUUGCCUUGGUCCCACUGAUACCGCAAUCCUGCACAGAAACAGCUUGACGGAAGACAAAGAUUCAUCGUUCACAUCACAUGCAGAUGAAAGGCAAAGGGUUGAGUCGGCUGUCACUGGAAUUAUAGAGGUCAUCCGAGGAGGUCAAAGUGGAACUACGUGGAUGGUGUCCAAUGACAAUCCGGCUGUGGAUAUCACGAAGAAUGUCAACGAAAGCUACGAAGUUCUUUCCAAAGGUGUCAACGACCUGUUAUUGGGACCAUGAAUCUGUUUGUAAUGAGCCAUCAUUGAUUAGGCCUUAUUUAAUGGACUACUGUACCUAUAUAUUAUUUACAUGUUACACGCAUGUACUCACUUUAAUA